AUGUCCAAAUUCGUAGUUUUGGAUAUAGUUGGUACAAUUGUUGGUUAUGACAAGCUCAUCGACGCCCUCGAUCAGCAACUCGGCGAUAAACUUCGCGCUGAAAACGUCAAGCCCAGUCUUCUGGUAAACCUCUGGAUAGAAGCCGCUGAAAGAGAAUACACAUAUCUCAGCAUCACCAAUCGAUACAUUGAAUUUGACAAGCUUUUCGCCUCUCUCUUUUACCGCAUGCUCUGGCUCGCCGGAAUCCAGGAGCCCCGUGCCUUCGCCAACGACGACGAUAUCAAGAAGAUAACCGAGGGCUACUUUGCACUGGAGCCAAGACCUGAUGCCAAGGAGUGCUUUGAGAAGCUCCGUGCUGCUGGAUUCCAGGUGCGGGGUUUGACUGCCGGAGAUUAUGACCGGGUACUUGGAUAUUUCAACAAGGCCGGGAUCGAUAUGCCUCGUGAACAUCUUAUCUCCUGCGACUCGUUUGGAGUUGGUAAGCCUGAUCUGAAGGCCUAUUCGUCGACCUACGAUGAGCUGAAGGGGGCAGACGAGCUUUGGUUUGCGGCGGCACAUAUGUGGGAUGUGAGUGCUGCAAAGCAGGUCGGAUUCAAGUCUGCGUACUGUUCGGUCCUUGAGAAAGAGAGUUGUUCCGAUAUCUUUGGUAAAAUGGACGUGAUGUCUGAUAAUCUUAGUGAGAUGGCGGAUAAAAUUGUGCAGGCGGCAUCAUCUAAGUGA